AUGGAGAACCCGAACAGGAAGAAGAAGCGGAAGAGGAAGGGACGCGGCGGCGAGCCAGCGGCCGCCUCCUUCGGCCGCGACGUCUUCCCCAUCCUCCUCGCCGCCGUCGCCUCGCAUUCCGUGGCCGCGCUGAGCUGCGAGGUGGUGGGCGCGGCGGCGCUGCAGUCCAUGGAGGCCGACGAGCUGCUAGCAUCUGAUGGCGGAGUCGCCGGUGGCCUGGCGCGUGCGCUGGGGAGUGGCAGCCGGCGAGUUGCCGAGGCUGCCUGCAACGCCGUGAUGGACCUCUCGGCGUCUCCAGUUGGCAGGGAGCGUCUCUCGGGCUCCCUUGUUCUGCCCAGGCUAUUGUAUCUAUUUUCUCAGGUGGAAUCUAUUUCUGGGGUUGUCGGCAGCAGGAGUGAGAAGUGCCAAGCAAGGGUUUCAGACCCAAAUAAAUGGUUGUACUUGAUCACUGACGCAGUGGUGCUUAUGUUGAACUCCUGUAAAGUCGACAAGUUACGCAAUCUGCAACCUGGGCUAGUGAGAAAAGUUAUGUGUUUGUUGUAUGAAGUAUGGAGCAAAGUUCGACUCUUAGAAUCAUCAGCUGACUGCAGCAACUGGAAGGAUCAAUUUCAAAGCAGACCAUAUGAGAUAGCGGAGGCUAUUUUUAGGCUUUCGAUAGACCGUGCUUGUCCUGGUGGCCUGGAACCUGAUGAAGUCAGGAAAAGCCUGUUUGGACAAAAGGAAUCUGACUUAGAAAACUUUGUCCUUAUGUACUGGGAAAGCUCACCUUAUUUGUACAGGAGGAAACAAAGUGGUCUGGAAGGGGAUCCUGUGUUCACUGCAUUGCGUAAUGCUUUUGACCUUACAACACCUGAUGCUAUCAUUGAGUCAUUUAUACAGGGGCUUGUUUCUUGCCCUGCUAUUGCUUCGGAUGAACUCAACAUAGACUCAUUUCUCCAUGAGGUUCAUGAUUCCUUGGGUGCUUCUGUGAAGUACAGGCAAGAUGUAAGAGUCGUGAGAACCCGAGAUAAGACCUCAACAGGAUCAGGGAUCGAAGAGCAUUUCUUUGAUGAUGGAAUGGUUUUCCUGGAUGUAGCUGCAUUUGUUGACGAAUGUAAAGAGGCAGUCAAGAAUGGAUUUUCAAUUGCCUUGCGUGGCAUGGAGUUCCGGUCAGAAAAGGUUGCUGCUAUAGCUUCUGCUCUGGCUGAUCUGUUUGGUCAGCCUUCUGUUGGAGCCAAUAUAUACUUCUCACCUCCAAGAUCUCAAGGCCUGGCCCGGCAUUAUGAUGACCACUGUGUGCUUGUUUGGCAACUACUUGGGCGCAAGAAGUGGAAGAUUUGGCCCAAUACGAGGCCAAUAUUGCCUAGACUGUAUGAGCCUUUUCACCCUUUAGAUGACUUGCUGGAUGAUAGUGGUGGAAGGGUGGAAGUUUUGCAUGAAGGAGACAUAAUGUAUGUUCCUAGAGGUUGUGUCCACGAGGCUCACACUGAAGUCGAAGAUGGUGAAUCUGAAGUCAAUACAUCCGCCAACUACUCGCUUCAUUUGACCCUUGCCAUUGAAGUCGAGCCACCAUUUGAGUGGGAAGGAUUUGCACACAUUGCUCUUCACUGUUGGUUGGAGGAGCAGACACUUGGGUGUAGCUCAGGAUCUAUCAACUCCAAGUUGGAAGAACAAGCUCCAUUAUUUGCUCUCCUGCUGCAUGUGGCCAUCAGGCUCCUCUCUGACGAUGAUCCUACUCUGAGGAAGGCAUGCAUGGUCGCGGCGAAGCUCCCAUCAUUCAGCAACUCCUGUCCAACUUCUCACUCCAACUCUCUCAGAAACCGCCAUAUGUCAACCUUCAUCGAGAUACUCAACAAGAUCAAUAACACCUGCAUCCUCAAGGAGGUGCUGAGUUGGAUCGAGCUCGCGGUUAAAGGAAAGACGUACGAGCCCGUCCAGUGGAUGUCCUGGCUCCGGCAUCUCCCACGGCAGCAGCACGGAGACGCGGCAGCUCGCAGUAUCGACUUCUGCGACGUCCUGGGACCUUUCGAAGAGCUUCUCAACGUGUUCAGCUCAGAUCCUGAACAGGCCUCGGCUGACUUCACCAAUUUCAAAUCGAGGUUCUGUAGGUGUGCUGCCUACGAUGAUGCUUGCAAGAGCUUCAACAUGCUGCUCCACAUGUAUAGGACAACUAGGACUCAGUACACAAAGGGCAUGCUGGGGCUGCACGGGAGACAUAGGAGUUAG